UUCAUUAUGCAAAUGGUAAAACAAAAAUAGGAAAAUGUGGAAUAAUAUCUUUUGACACAAACGUAUAUGUGCAUAUCAAUCAACACCAUACUCUGCCGUAGCGACUAAGGGAAGAGGAUUAUGGAUUCCGAUGACUACUACAUGGAAUCUGGAGAGGAAGAUCUUUACAGCGACGGUGCAGAUGAUUACAACGACGGGGCUGAUCAUGAUGAUGAUAAAGAUGACACGGGUUUCCUCGGGGAUGACGAUGACGAUUCCUCGAUGAUCUCCUCGCCUCGCUCCGAUAUAAAUUAUGUCGUUCUCAAGGAAGAAGAUAUACGUAGAAAACAGGAGAGUGAUAUUGCACAAGUUUCCAUGAUACUCUCCGUAAGCAAGGUCGAAGCUAGUGUUCUGCUUCUUCACUAUCACUGGAAUGUUGGUAAAGUUAAUGAUGAAUGGUUUGCGGAUGAGAGGAGGGUUCGGACAAGUGCUGGCUUGGAAGGAGGAUCUGUUAUUGUUCCAUAUUCUAAAGGCGGAAAAGUUGCUUGUGGAAUAUGCUUUGACUACUUCUGUCCUAUAGAUAUUGUACCGAUUCUGUGUGGCCAUGCUUUCUGUUCUACAUGCUGGACAAGUUACAUCAGCAUAGCCAUCAACGAUGGCCCAGGAUGUUUGAUGCAAAAAUGUCCUGAGCCAUCUUGUCCAGUUGCUGUUGGUCGAGACAUGGUCGAGAAACUGGCUUCCUUUGAAGCCAAGGACAAGUAUGAUAGGUAUUUUCUUAGAUCUUAUGUGGAAGAAAGCAAAAAGACCAAGUGGUGUCCUUCCCCAGGAUGUGAGCAUGCCAUUGAGUUUUCUGCCACCGGGACCGGAAGUAGUUACGAUGUUUCAUGCUUGUGUUCGCAUAGCUUCUGCUGGAACUGCACCGAAGACGCUCACCGUCCUGUGGAUUGUGACAGGGUUUCGCAAUGGAUACGCAAGAACAGCGUUGAAGCUGAAAAUACCAAGUGGAUACUCGACAAUUCCAAGCCUUGUCCCAAGUGCAAGCGUCCAAUUGAAAAGAACCAUGGAUGCAUGCACAUGUCAUGCACACCACCUUGCAGACAUCAGUUUUGUUGGCUUUGCCUUGGCGCAUGGUCGGAACACGGGGAAGGCACUGGCGGGCCUUAUACAUGCAACCGGUAUUCGAAGGCUAAGGGACAAGGACUGCAUGAUGAGGCUGAAAUGAAGCGAGAGAUGGCAAAGCACUCGCUAGAGAAAUACACUCAUUAUUAUGAGCGCUGGGCAGGUAAUCAAAUGUCGAGGCAAAAAGCUAUAGGGGAUCUACAGAAGUUCCUAUCAGUGGAUGUUAUGAAGCUUAGUGACAAACAAUGCAUACCAGAAACUGAGCUCGGGUUCAUCACAGAUGCGUGGCUUCAGAUCAUUGAAUGCAGAAGGGUGCUGAAAUGGACAUAUGCAUACGGGUACUAUCUACUUGAAUCUGAACAGGAAAAGAGACAGUUUUUCGAGUAUAUGCAAGGAGAGGCUGAGUCUGGUCUGGAGAGGCUCCACAAAUGCGUUGAGUUGGAAUCAGAGGUGUUUCAAUAUCCUGAAGACGCUCCAAAACAAGACUUCAAGGGUUUUCGGACAAAACUAACUACUUUGACCAGUGUAACCAAAUCUCACUUCGAAACUCUGGUGAAAGCUCUGGAGAAUGAUCUUGCUGAUGUUGGAUUCGCAAGAUAGAGGUAACUACUUUAGCUCUUUGAUUGACUUGCGC